AUGCCUUCAUUAACCGAGAAUUCAAAACGGCCUAAUGGAGAAAAUCGUUCUACAUAUUUAAAUCCUUCACAUAAUUGCUUGUCAUCUAAUGAUACGACUUUUCAAGACACUCAUGUUCAAGAAAAUCAAAUUAGUUCAGAGGGCGAAUUACGCAUUAAAAACUCUUUUAAAGCCACUGACUUAAAAGACGAUCUUGGAGUACAAUUAAAGCCUGAAUAUACCUCAGAAGCAAGCGUAAUUCUUUCAAAAGCUUGGACUAGGCAUUUGGAGCCAACAUAUAUGUACAUCAAAGAAUCAGAUGACUUUUAUAAUCAAUCAAAGCAACAAAUAUGUAUACUCGAGUGUAAUUUGCGUGAUUCGGAAGAAAUACGGGGUUCAGUUCGUGAACAAGAUAACAGAUCACAUCAUACUCCUAAAAAGCAAAAUAAUAGUCUUCAUUGUCAACAGGAUCGAAACAAUGAUAGCGAUCUGUUACAUAAGCAAAUCAAUGAGUUAACUGAACACGAAACUUACAAAAUUAAGUGGAUCGAAAAAUGCAACGAAUUCGAAAGUGAAAUCAAAGAGUUAAAAAGGAGUAAGGACAAAGCUGUUCACCAAAAUUUCAAGUACGAGGAACAGAUAACUGAAUUAAAAAGCAAAUUGAAUUCAAAACAAGAACAGAUACGAAACUUAUUGAUUGAAUUAGAACAAUCUAAUCAAAGAUUAAAUGAAAUCGAAACACAAUUUAACCGUUACAAAUCGCAAACUAAUCAAAAUGAAGAGAAUUAUCGAACUCUGUCGCAUGAAUUUACAAUUAUGAAACAAUGUAAAGAACAAGCAGAAUUAAAUGCAAAAAACUGUGAAAACAAUCGAUUACUAUAUGAAAAACGAAUGAAAGAAUUAGAUGACAAUUAUGAACAAAGUAAACAACGUUAUUAUGACGAUGUACAAGGAUUAAUGAAACAAUUAGAUAUGGAACGCUCAAGAGCUGAUGAACUCUUACAAAAAAUUGAACAAAAUCGUCGUCAGAAUGAAGAACAACUCAGAAAAAUUGAACAAAGUUACAAAGAGAAAGUAAGUAUCUUAGUGGAAGAUGGUCAAAAAGAAUUGAGAAGACAGCUAGCUAAAGCAAAUGAACAAAUUAAGGCACAAGAAAUACAAAUAUUUAAUCAAGAAUUAAAAAUUUCUACAAUGGAUUCUGAUAACAAUGAGCUUAUAAAAAUUAAUCGGAAAUCAACAGAUGAACAAUUAGAACUUCGUGAACAAAUUAAAUCAUUUGAAAACUUGUUAACUGUAAAAGAUCAAGAUGUUUCAAUGUUGCGGUUUGAAUGCCAUUUUUACGCUGAUAAAUUAAAACAAAUCGAAUUGGAAAAAAAUCAUUUUAUUGAAAAAGAACGAUUUAUGAAACAAAGAUAUAAAAAUAAAGCUAAACGUGCUUGGGAACAGUGUCAAACCAUUCGUACACGUUUAAAUAGAAAACUUGUUCAACUACGCUGUAACAGAGAUUUAUUAUCAAAACAUUUAAAGAAAAAAUAUGAACAAAUGAAUCGUUUAAAUAAUUUAUUUUGGGAAACUGGAUGGGCCUAUGUUCAGUCACAAAAUUCUUUGCAAAAUAUCAACAGACAAGAAAAGGAAUGUAAAGAUCAAGAAAUUCAAACAAUUUUAGUUAAUAAUAAGAUAAAACAACCUUAUGCAACUAUAGACCAGAUUGUACAGACUAAUGUUUUACAGUCAGAUAAUGAUACGCAAGAUGAUACAGUGAUAUCAUGUGCUAUCUCAUGGAUUUCAAAUGAUUUAGACAACUUAACAGAAAAGCUAGAGAAGUUGCUUAAAUGUCAAGGAAAAGAAAACCUUAGUGAUCCUGAUCUACACAAUGAAGAAUUUAGUGAAAAAGUAUCUUUGAUUUCAAUGAUUCUUGGAAUGAAAUGCAAAGUGAAUUGGUUAGGAAGGUGUUGUGAUCAAUUAACAGGACGUAUAUUUAAGCAAAAUAGUGAACUAUCAAACAAAAAUGACUUGACUAAAUUUGAAGAUAUUAAAAAGGAUUUUGAGAGUUCUACAAGAAAUUUAAAGUUAAUAUUAAGUCAAAUGGAAACUGAUGCACUAGAAGAUAAAUUAUCAUGUGUCGGUCAGCUAGCACAAACAACAGCGAAUCAACUAAAACUUAGUCACUUAAGGCUUGAAGAAAAUUUGGAUUCAAUAAGGACUGAUCUUAUUCGUCUAAGAGCUGAAUGUCAUUAA